CAGUGACCUGUCUUUCAUAACAGGCUCGCGCACUUCAAGGUCUUGGGGCGUCCUGGGACCGCGCAGAGGCGUCAUCAAGCCCCGAGAUGGCCAAAAAAAAGACCCCAAGAGAGGCGCCGAAGGGGGUGGAGGAGGAGCAGGAGGAGGAGGAGGAGGAGGAGGAGGAGGAGGAGGAGCAGCAGCUCCACGGAUCUGCCGGCGGCUGCGCGAGCGCACGACCAACGGGGCCGACCCGGCGGCCGCGCUGCACGGGCGCGCACGGGGCACGGGAGGUGGCUCCACCAGCCGCGCUGCUUACGGCACGCCGAGAGUGCACGCUCGAUGGGUCCUCCUCCUCCUCCUCCUCCUCCUCCUCCUGCUGGUAA